AAAAGGUAAAAAAACUAAAUCUUUAACAACCAUGGAAUACUAUGAGAAAGACAUUUAGUGAAUUCUGUUCUUGGACAUGGGGGCUGCAUGACAGUUUUUUGAUGGACGGGGGCUUUCCAACACAAAGGAUCAUUAGUAAGGCUGGUCCUGCUGGAGGUUGGUUGGAGCACAAGGACCACUUCCUUAGGAGUGAUGUAUAUACAGCAGUCAAAGACACUGGAUCUGCUGAGACAAUCCUAAUUUCAAAUACUCAGUUCCAUGUGGCCAUAAAUACCCAAGUGUUUAUCAGACUAACACUUGGGUAUUUUGUUCAGAAAGUCUAGUCUCUGUUGAAGUAAGUCAAGAGCCUGGUAGGAAGCAGAAUGUGUUGAGGGACACAAAACUAGGUUGAUGGAUAAAGACGUGAAAGGAAGGGACCGUCAUGUCCAACCUCGGUGCCAUGAAUCAAAAAAACAGUUUAUAAACUGCCUAAAGAGGCACACGCCAAUUGUGUUGCCACUGUGUGAGGUGGAAGGAACUUCUGGUUCUUGCCUACCUGCCAGAGCCCUCGUGAAAUGUCCCCCCACCCCACCCCACCAAGACCCAUGUGCCCUCUGCCCCUCCCCCACUGCAGAAAGUUUCAGCCCACAUUCUACUAUUUAGAUUCAAACUUGUCCCUCCUUUACUUGGAUCCUGAGCAACUGCUGAAGCAGGUCACUCUCUGGGUCCUGGUCUUGACUUUUCUCAUUGAGGCUACCAGGCAGCAGUAGUCCGUGCCCAAGCCUGCAUGAUGGCUUCAGAAGAAGGUAAGCCUAUAGGUUGGGGGUGUGUUUUCAGAGACCCUGCCAUCUCUCACAUCCUUCGGGUUCACAUGUGACACUUCACUGUGGGCACAUAGUUGGACUGAAGUAGAGGGAGAAGAGAGCACUGAACACAAGCACAUUUCAGCUGGGGAGACUAGGGAGCCUGAAGAAACCUGAGACUGCACUGGGGAGGAGGGGUCAUUGGAGGUGGAUCAAGAGGAAUUGCCCUGGCUAUGGAGAAAGGAUGGCAGCAAGGAUGACAGGUUGAUUCCCCACGAUGCCUUUGGUGGCUAAUGGUGGCCGUGGACCCAGUGCCCCUGGGGCUUGCAACCUCACUGUCCAAGUCAGGUCACAAGGGAGUCCAGUGGAGGCCCCCCAGACUCAGACCUUUAUCGUUACUCAAGGCCCCCUCACCUGGAGUACUCCAGGGGCCCUCAGCGGGAGUGCUGCAUGUCCUGCAUCCGUAUUCUUAGCAACCCCUGUGAUGGAGACCAUUGUGACUGCUCCAGCUGUUGGAGUUACUCAGGCUGGCAAGGGAGGCUGGACCCCAGGCUUUCCUCCUCAAGCUCCACCACUAGCUGCCCAGCUGGCCCCUAUCAUUCGCCCAGUGAACUAUGGGCCUUGGCCACAUGGCACUUCCAGGCAGGGCAGCCUGGCCACCAACCAGUCCUACGCCUCACACGGUGACUGCUCUAACCCCCAGAGCGUGUACAGUAACUUCCGAGGUUGGCAGCGCCUCAAACCACUGGCCUGGAGACACCUUCCCCAGAGUCCUGAUGCAGAAGCUCUUUCCUGCUUUCUCAUCCCAGUGCUUUGAUCCCUGGCCCGCUUGAAGCCCACCAUGACGCUGGAGGAGGCACUGUGCAGGGCUGUACAGGAAUGGCAGUGCAGAAGCAACUUUGACCGGAUGAUCUACUACGAGAUGGCGGAAAAGUUCAUGGAAUUUGAGGCCAAGGAGGAGAUGCAGAUUCAGAAGUUGUAGUGGAUGCAGUGUGCGCAGGACCUGCCUCCUCCAGCCCCACCGAAGCUGGAUCCUCGGGGCCCCCCAGCCCCGAAAGUGGGCCUUCAGCCAGGCACCCAGGUUCCCACUGGAGUUGAAUGCACAGGACGCUGGAGGGCCCAGCCCUCCCGCCCAAAGCCACACAGGUCCCAGUGGCCCCCAGAGCCCAAGGCACCCAAGGAGAUUCCCCCUGAGGCUGUGAGGGAGUAUAUGGACAUCACAGAGGCGCUGGUGGGGCCCGUCCACUCAGCCACAGGCGAGUCAGAUGCAGAAGGUGGAGAGGACGGAAAUGAGCUGAAGCAGGAAGAGGACGGCACCUACUCGGACCCGGGCCUCUUGAGCUACAUUGACAAGCUGUGUUCCCAGGAGGACUUUGUCACCAAGGUGGAGGCAGUCAUUCACCCUCGAUUCCUGGCAGAAUUGCUUUCCCCAGACCCACAGCUGGAUCUCUUGGACCUAGUGGAGGAGCUGGAGCAGGAGGAAGGGCUCACUCCCGAAGAAGUGAGCCAGAGGAGGGAGAGGGACACUCAGGGAGCCAGGGGACCCCACAGGAGGGGGACCCCAGUCACUGUCCGUCACUGUCCUCCUCCCUCCUACCAGCUGAUGCAGAAACAACUCCUGGCCUUGAAAGAGGAUGAGGGUGUGCGGGCAGCCCCGAGUCACAGUGCACCCGGAAUGGGCUCAAGUCCUUCUGAGUCCGACACUGGCCAAGGUGCCCAGAGGCACGACCAAGACCCCCAUCUAGGGGUCAGUGAUGAAGCCUGCCCACCAGAGAUUGAUUCUGAGGCUCCUCAUAGGCUCAUCCAAAGAGACACUGGCCUGUGCAGGCCCAAAGACUUUGUUUCCUCUCGAGGACGUCAGGAGGUCUCUCCAUCCCCUCCCCAGGGUCAAAGGCACGCUGGCCCUCUACGGGGACCCAGGGAUGCGUCUAUGCUCAGAGAGGCCUCUCCUGUUCGGGAGGCCCGAGGGCCCAGGGACGGGUCCGGUGAGGACGAGGAGGAGCUCCCCAGCCUGGCCUUCCUCUUCGGCUCCUGCUGGGUGUCCCAGAGUCCUGCCCAUGCCUCAGGCCUGGCCUCCCCUGGAGGUUGGGGGGCCCAGAGUGCUCCCCAUGCCCCCUCCCCUCAGAGAAGAGGCCUCAGCCCAGCUCCACCAGCCGCUCCCAAGUCAAGGAAGCAGGCUCUGUUUGGACACCCAGCCACUGCUGAGAAGCUGCCCAUCCCCGGGGCUGGCCUCCGGGUGUCUGGGAGGCCAGCCUUGGCUCUGGGGCCGGCUCUCCCCUCACAGCCAAGAAAGAGAAAGCGUGACCCGUGUGUCACAGAGAAGAGUAGGAAGAGGAGAAGCAGCACUGCAGCCAGUAGGGAACAGCUGGGCCGGCCCUCCAGGGCGGCUCCCAGGGGAGCCUAGGGGCUCCCUGUCAUCCCAGUGCUGAUCCUAGAUGA